AUGGAGUUGCCCCAGGACAUAAAACAUUUAUAUGUUCUCUGGAUAGAGGAGGAGCUCCGGAAGCACCAGAAUUCGGGCUCCAGACUAGCUUUCACGUACAUGAGAGCUGUUCAGAGCGUGAAGCAGUGUCCGAUGAUGAUUCGUCUGCCCUCACAGCUGAGGAGUCUCCGGUUUAUAGGCGACAAGUUGGUGGCGACGAUGCGCAAACGGCUGCAGGAGUACUGCGAGGAGUACGGGUACGAGAUGCCAGACGAGCAGCAAGAAGAGGAACCGGAAAAAGCGGGGAGAAAACGGAGUUCUGAGAAAGACGGUGAGGGCACCAAAAAACGACGGCAACUGAAGUCCACGCGCAAGUACAUUCCGCAACGCAACACAGGCGGCUACGCAAUUCUAUUGGCUCUGUAUUUGCAUGAUCCGGGCUGUGACGGUCUAACGAAAGACGAUAUCAUCAAGCAUGCCGCACAGUACUGUUCGACCAGCUUCACUGCCAACCCCAGCACGGGACAGUUCUACUCUGCGUGGGGGAGCAUCAAAACUCUAGAGAAGAACGAGUAUGUGCAGUCACGCGGACACCCGGUGUACUAUUUUCUGACGGAAAGCGGAGUGGAGGUGGCUCAAAUCUUGAAAACGGUCGAGGAAGAGCAGAAAAACCAAAGUCAGGAGGGGGUCGACAGUUCGCCGAUUUUACAGCGUACAGAGGACAGACAGAUCGAUGUGGAGCGAAUAGACACGUGGCUACCUCCGUUGGCGAAAACACCUGGCAUAUCGGCGAAUGUAUUGAACGUCCCUCACGAAAUAUGGACCGGUGGAAGUUACGAGAUAGAGCUGGUGCUGGAUAACAGAGAAGUGCGGUCUCGCGAGGAGCGCGAUUUCUUCUCUGAGCAGUUGCUCGGCCACGGAAUUUCGACCUCUGUGCGUGCUCUGACAGUCGGCGAUGGUGUCUGGGUGGCUCGUCAUAAGGAGUCUGGUAAGGAAGCUGUUUUAGACUUCAUUUUCGAGCGCAAAAGACUUGAUGAUUUUGCGUCCUCUAUUAAGGACGGGCGGUUUUUCGAGCAAAAAUCGCGUCUGCUAAGGACGGGCAUCAGAACCAUCUUUUACGUGGUGGAGGAACAAAUGUCCAGCGACGUCUCUCGCUUUAGCGACGCUAUCCAGACGUGCAUCUCCAUGUGCAUCACAAACUCUCAAUUUCAUGUGAAAAGGACAAAAAACAGCGAUGACACUGUUCUGACGCUUGCGUCCCUUUCCAAGAGGAUCCAGAAAUUCUAUAAACACCAAUCGCUGCUCGUUCUGGAACCUCGUGACCUAAAAUCACAGCAUGAGUAUGGCCAGUUAUUAUCGCAGGUUUCCACCGAUAACCCAGGAUUUCAGUGCGUAUACAACUUUAUCACCUUCCAGUCACUGCUUUCAAAAUCCAACAUGGUAUCGGUCAGAGAAAUGUUCAUAAGAAUGCUCAUGACUAUCAAGGGUGUGUCCCUGGAUAAAGCGAUAGCCAUCCAACUGCACUACGGAACCCCAAAAAACCUGAUUGACAGCUACACAAACUGUACCGGCGACAAACCGCGUAUGGUCCACGACGCCCUGAAAGACCAAGUUGGUAACCGCAAAAUAGGGGCAGCCCUGAGCUCUAAGAUCUACGAGGUCUGGGGAAAAUAA